CAUGUUUUAUUAGAGCUUAUAGACAUUGUUAUAUACAUGGGACGUCAUAAUCUUGCAUUUCGCGGGCAUUUUGAGGAUUGGUCUUCCAAUUCCCGAGGUAAUUUUAAGGACUUAGUUAUGCUAAUGUCUAAAAAUUCAGGGCCAUUAGCGGAACACAUAAACCGUAUUCAACAAAAUGGAAAACACGAAACAUCUUUUGUUUCAUGGCAAAGACAAAAUCAGUUGAUUGAAGCUAUUGCCGAAGAUAUUUCAUUUCAAGUACGAUCAUAUAUUAAAGCUGUAAGAAUGUUUAGCAUAUCAAUUGAUACUACAUUUGAUUCGUCUCGUAAGGAACAAAUAUCAUUUAUAAUACGAUAUGCUGAUGAAGUUACUGGUGAUGUUCAUGAAAGACUAUUAGCAGUUAAGGAAUCACCAGUUACAUCUGGAAAAAAUUUAUAUGAUAUUUUUAUAAACGUAAUGGAAGCUGAAAAUUUGAAUUGGAAAGAAGAGUUGGUUGGUCAGUCAUAUGAUGGAGCUAGCAAUAUGCGUAGUAACUAUAAAGGCCUCCAAGCUCAUAUUAAAGCAGAAAGCCCACAAGCAUUAUUUGUUUGGUGUCAUUCCCAUCGCUUGGCAUUGGUAGUAAAACAAGCAGUAUCAUGUAACUCCAACGCAGUUGAUUUAUUUGGAAAUUUAGAAACUCUUUAUGUUUUUCUUUGGUGUUCAAAAAAAGAGCAGCGAUUUUCAGAGAAAUUCAAAUUGAAUGUGGUAUUAUAG